UUCGCCCGUACUUUGUUCCCGUCGGUUCCGCGCGACUCGCCGAGUUGUCGCGAUAGAGCUUUCCUACAUUCGCGGCCGGGGGUUGGUGCGAGUUGGCGAGAAGAAAAGGAAGAGGACGGCAGCGACGAGGAGGCGAGGGAAAUAUGAGGGAUGAGGUGAAGAUGGACGCGAAUCGGCUAAUCGCCGAGGUCUACAAGCGGCCGGCGCUCUGGAACCAGAGGCACAUCUCUUAUCACAAUCGCGAGGUGACCAACCGCGUCUGGAUGGAGAUCGCGGCGAUAUUCAAUCUGCCCAAACCGAUGCUGAAAGCAAAAUGGAAGGGUCUGCGUGAUACGUUCCGCGCUGAGCUGAAGAAGGACCAGGUAUACCGCAAGAGCAAAUUCCACCGAAACCGGCCGGUAUGGAUCCAUUUCAAGAGCCUGCAGUUCCUCAAGGAGCAGAUGUUGCCACGGCCGCCGAUCUGGGAGCGCAGCAUCCCAAAGACGGAAGACGACAUGCAACCGAGCGAGGGCGAGGGGGAGAAUGGCGUUCCGAACUCCAUCGACGGUGGUCUGGACGAUCGGGAUGCGAUUGCCGAUCAUCUAUUGUCGAUGGCCGGAGACGGUCACCAUCACCACCAUCAUCACCAUCAUCACCAUCAACUCAAACUGGACGGCGGCGGUGGCGAUGGUCGGCGUGGCACAGUUGACGUGAAACGGGAACCCGAGGAGAGCUUCGACAAUCUAGAGUUCCAGAGCGUCACCGAUAAUCUGACGGAGAACGAGAUGAUGUUGCAGAAUAUCUCACCCGAGCAGGUUCUGAUGAGCGACAGCGACACCGGGGUUGGUCUCGCUGGCGUUGACCCACUCAUUGACGGCAACUGUCGCUUCGACGACAAUUACUACUUCCUGAUGAGCCUGUUACCGCACAUCCGCACCCUGCCGGCCGACCGCAGGAUGCUGCUCAGAAUGCAGAUGCAGGAGCUCGUUUACAAGGAGGUCUAUAAGAAGGCCGCUGACGGCGAGCAGACGGCGAAGACUUAACUGUCGCAUCACCGCGCCAGGCCGACUCUUGAGACUACUCUUCUCCCGGUGCAAUCAUGUCGUGUCUCGGGACGUCGGAAGCGAGAAAGCGUACGACUUUUCCGUUUACGCUCGAAGUAAAUUGAUUUUUUUUUUCACGCGCCGUAAUCGAGUAUGACUGCAUAGGAGAAAGCGGGAGCCUUAGAGUAUUCACAAUCGUCCUCGAGUUCUCACUUGUAUGAAUAUACAGGGUUUCAAAUAGAAAUAGAUGACUAAAUAUUAAAAGCAUAUUUUAUUCACAAAAGUAAGGUUGGCAAAAAGUGAAAUGAGUUCGGAAACGCUUCCUUGCUGAUUGUAAAUUAUGAACUUUUUGCUUAUGAUGGAAGUUGGAAGAACAUCUCGUUAAGGAAAUUGCUGGUAGUGACUUUCUUUCAUAGCAAUGCAUGUUUUGGAUCGACAACACGGAUUAUCGAAGAUGUUAAAUUUCUAAUUUUGUCACGUGAACCAAAAAUAGAAUUUCAAGCGAUUUUGCAACUUUCGAAAAUCCACAAUAGCAACAGAAAGAAAUGUUAUACACGAAAAUGUUGAAAUGCCCUCAUAAAUAAAGAUCCAAGAAGUUCAAUAAAUAAAGAAAAUGUACAAAUUGCGCAAUCCUUUCCAGUGGACAUCAAUUAACAAUAGUAUAAUAUAACAUCAAGUUGUAAUUUCCUACUCAAUGUACAUAACUGUUACGUAUACAUUAUAUUAUGUUUAUAUCGCUGAGUGGAAAAUAUUAAUAUUAAAAUAUAUUACUUUUGUUUUUAUUGUGUUACUAUUAAUUUAUUAAAACCGAUAUAACUGCAUUAUUUAACAAAAAAGGAUUUUUUAGCACAAACAAUGGGCAUUAAAUACGAUCUGUUUGCCAAAUUAUUUUAUCAUAAUUUUGAUAAAGUUACAAUUAAAAUCACAAAAUUUUAGCUUGUGUACUUUAGUUUAUUAUAAUUUAUUAUAUUAAAAGAAAAUUCUUUCUAAGAUCUGAAAAUCUUAACAAUAUAUUUAAUUUUGAUUGCAACAAAAUUUCUUUAACAUAUCGUAUAUUGUAGUAAUGUUAAAAUAUUCUAAAAUAAAUUAUUUGCAACCGCAGAUUUUUUUCAACUUGUGACGUACGUAAUAGAGCAAUUUAGUAAACGUUUUAGUUCUGUGGAUUUUUGGUUUACUAUAGCGUUAUUACAAUAUUAAAAAAUAUAAUUUACAAUGUUAAAAAAUAUACAUUAAAAAAUUCUGUUCAUGAACAAAAAAAUUUCGGAAAGGAAGCAUUUUUCCGGAUACAAGUUUAUAACUUGUUCUUUUUAUCGGUAAUAUAAAUAGAAGUUUGAUUUCUUAUGUUUGGUCAUCCAUUUCCGAGAAAUACUCUGUACAAAAAAUCCUUAUUCCUGAAAAAAUGACUACGAAUCUUAAAAACCAGCAAUAUUUAUUAUUUAUUUUUUCCAUACAAUAUUAAUCGACGUGAGCUGUAACGGAAAUUGGACUUUAAAAUCAUUGAAUAAAUAAAUGGCCGCACUCUUCUCAUCGUAAAUUCACAGAUUAAAAAUCGAAACGUAGAUGCAGAUCACUCAAUCGAGACUUAAAAAACAAAAAAGAAAACAAUAAGGUCCCUUUUUCUUUCGGACGGGAGAAUUUCGAAAAGGAUAGUUUUUAUCGUAAACUAUAUCGAUACAAUGUGAGAAUGCUCCUGCACAGGGAGAAUUUUCUCUUAGAAUUUAUCCUUGAAAUCAUGGCAAUUGUAAGAUAACAUGGACAUCAAAGAAUUUUGUUAUAAUUUCAGUAAAUUUUACUCAAAUGAGUUUAUUUUACUAAAAUAUAAUAAAAUUUAUUAUUUUGUUAUAUAAUUUGUUAUUAUAUUACAUUUAAUAUACUUGGUAAAACAUAUGUUAUAGUAAAGAUCAAGUAACACUAACAUAACAUCAGCGUUAUAAUUAUCCACUCAACUGUAAUUGUUACUUGUUACAUAACACGUAUUAUAUUAUGUCUAUAUUGUUGAAUGGAAAAUUUGUAACAUUGAUUUUAUGUUACUGUUGAUAUUUACUACUUCUAUAAGUACUUUAGUACACUUGAUAUAAUUUUACUAAUUUCAGUAAAAUUUUCUUAUUAAGUAUAUUAACCCUUAAACGCCCUGGGUCAAAAUAACACGAAAAAAAGAAA